AUGGCUGGCACCGAGUUGCCUAUUGAGGAGCAUGACAUCGUCAUCAUUGGCGCAGGUCUCAGCGGCGUAAACGCUGCUCACCGGCUGCGAACCGAGCUUCCUCACCGAUCCUUCGUCAUCCUCGAGGCCCGCGACGUUAUCGGUGGAACAUGGAGCUUUUUCAAGUAUCCAGGCAUGCGCAGCGACUCUUCUCUCCGGUCUUUUGGCUUUCCCUGGUACCCCUGGAAGCAUUCUCACAAGAUCGCCACAGCCGCUGAGCUUUGCGAAUACAUAGAAGAUGCUGCCAGGACAGAUGGAUCGUACGAUAAGAUUCAGUUCCAACACCGAGUUGUUCAAAGCGAUUGGAGCAGCGAAGAGCAGAAAUGGACCCUAGAGAUUGAUAACAAUGGCUCCAAGAAGCUCUUCAAGGCCAACUUUCUCUUCACCUGCAACGGCUACUACUCGUACGAAAAGGCAAUGCAGAGUCCAGUUCCCGGCAUUGAGAAUUUUGAAGGAGAAGUCGUCCACCCACAGUGGUGGCCAGAGGACCUCGAUUACAGCGACAAACGCGUCGUGAUUAUUGGCAGCGGAGCAACCGCCAUUACGCUCUUGCCCGAGAUGGCGGACAAGGCAAAGUCUCUCACGAUGCUGCAACGGACGCCGUCCUAUGUUGUUUCCAUGGAUAGAAGCUCGAAAAUGGAAAAAUUCUUGUCGGCGUGGCUGCCCUUGACUUGGGUGCACUGGAUUGGCCGAUGCAUCGACAUGUGGUUUGAGGUCUUCAUCUCUGAACUUUGCCUGCUAUCUCCCCGCCUAGGACGCUUUUUGAUCACGCAGGAUCUGGACAAGAAAUUGCCAAAGAAAGUUGAUGCUGCAAUUCACUUUAAUCCGACUUAUGGCCCGUUUCAGCAGCGGCUGUGCCUAACUCCAGAUGACGAGUUCUUCAACGCCUUGCAUCGUGAUAACGUCGAGAUUGUAACGGAUGUGAUUGACACCACUGAGAAGGAUGGAAUACUGCUCAAAUCGGGACGCAAGCUGCCGGCAGACAUGAUUGUGACCGCCACGGGGUUACACGUACAGAUCCUCAGUGGAAUCAGGCCUCGCGUCGACGGCAAGGAUAUCGAUGUUGGGCAGCAGUACGCGUGGAGAGGCUGCUUGAUCGAAGGUAUCCCCAACUUGGCAACUGUUUUCGGCUAUGUGACUACGACGUGGACGCCUGGUGCCGAUUCUAUGACCAAGCUGGGCAUCCGAGUACUGAAGCAGAUGGAGGCAGAUGACGCAUCCAGCGUCGUCCCAUUCAUUGAGAGGACAGAGGGAAUGCCGCGAUUUUUAAGUACGAACGCAAAGAGCUCUUAUUUCGUCAAGGCGGCAGACCGGAUCCCGAAAGUGACUGGCAAAGGCCCCUUUUAUGGACGUCUGAAUUUGGUUGUCGAUUUAUGGGCGCUGUGGUUUGGCAGCAUGCGAGACGGACUGGUGUAUACAAAGAGGGAAGCCAAGAAGACCAAGUAA